AUGGGCUACAACGAAGCCGCCGCCGCCGCGCCAUUGGCAUCGCUCUCCAUCACGCACGUCUUCUAUGACCCCAACGACCGCAUCUCCCUCCUCUGCGCCUACCUCGCCCUCCUCCCCCAGGCCCUCGGCGUCGUCUACCUCACCCUCAUCUUCGCGUCGCGCGAGGUCGAGAUUGCCCUGCUCUUCGCCGGCCAGCUCGCCUGCGAGGCCCUCAACUUUUUCCUCAAGCGCCUCAUCAAGGAGGAGCGUCCGCGCCAGAUCCACGGCAAGGGCUACGGCAUGCCCAGCUCCCACGCCCAGUUUGUCUUUUUCUGGAGCGUCGCCCUCACCCUCGUCCUCCUCGUGCGCCACCGACCGACGACGCUCAACGGCUCGAAACCCACCAACAGCAGGAUCGUCGAGCGCCUCGCCGUCAGCGCCGCCAGCCUGGCGCUGGCCGCCGCCACGGCCUGGAGCCGCAUCUACCUCAACUACCACACCCCCAAGCAGGUUCUCAUUGGCAGCUCCGUCGGCGCGCUGACGGCCGUUGCGUGGUUCGUCUUGACGGCGGCGCUGCGCAGCUCGGGCCUGCUGGCGUGGGCGCUGGACCUGCCCCUCGUGCGUGCGUUUCGAGUCAGGGACCUGGUGGUAGAAGAGGACCUCAGCGAGGCCGGUUGGGACCGGUGGGAGGCGCGAAGAUUGGCCAGGAAGAACAAGAGCAAAGGUCCCAAGGCUCAUUAA